GAUCCGAUCAAUCUCCGCCUUCGCCUUCCUCCUGCUCCAUCCACUGAGUCGCCGGAAGUUAACUCGGCUUUCGUCGAUGGCGAAAGUUUACCCGAGCGCCACCGCGUCGUCGAGGCCUUCUUUCUCCGCCCCGCCGGCGUCCUCCUCCGAGGCGGCGACGCUGACUGUGUGGCGGAAGUCGCUCCUCUUCCACGGGUACGGAUUCACGGUCUUCGAUUCCAAGGGUAAUCUCGUGUUCCGAGUCGACAAUUACGCCUCGGGCAGCAGAGCGGAGAUCGUCCUCAUGGACGCCGACGGGAAGCCGCUGCUAACGAUUCGAAGGAAGAAGCUGAGUCUGGGAGACCACUGGCUGAUCUACGAAGGCGAGGCGGCGGGCAAACCGAAGUUCGCCGUCAAGAAGCACGUAAACCUCAUCGGUUCGAGGUCGCCGGUCCACGUCACGCCGUGUUCCCCCGCCUCCGAGUCCUGCCUCGGCUACGAGGUGGAGGGCUCCUACUCGCGGCGGUGCUGCGUCGUCUACGACGACCGACGGCGGCAGCUAGCGCAGAUCAAGCGGAAGGAGGCGGCCGCGGGGGUCGCCCUCGACGCCGACGUCUUCCGCCUCAUCGUGGAGCCGGGAUUCGACGCGGCCUUCGCCAUGGCCAUCGUCAUACUCCUAGACCAAAUGUUCGGCUCUCGUGGAUCGCUCCUUCGAGUUUAGGAGAGGUGGAAGGAGGCCGAUUAGAAGAAGAAGAAGCCCUUUUUCGAUCUCUUCCUUGAGAGAUCUUGUUCACUUUUUCCUUGUGAGACUGUGCCGAGUCGAACUGGAACGCAAAUUACUCAAAACCCACUCAAAGUUAAGAAAUAAAUAUCACACGCCCCGAUUAAAACCAAAAAAAGGGGGAAAUUGAAAGGAAAAUAAAAAAAAGUUGUAGCGAAUUGCAAAAUAAAGGGUUAAUCGAUCCCGUGGAUCAUGGGCCGUUGAUCAGGCGCCCCAAACGGUGAUCCCUUGCAUCAUGCGCUUGAACUCGCCGAAGUCCACCUGGCCGUCGGCGUUCCGGUCGACGGAGCCAAUCAUCUCUUGAACCCGCGCGAUGCUGCGCCCCUCCGGAAGCCCUAGCUUGGAGAGCACCGCCUGUAGCUCCGCCGCGGAGAUGAACCCGUCGCCGUCCUCGUCGAACACGCGGAAAGCCUCCCGCAUGUCCUCCUCUUCUUCCUCCUCCUUCUCCGCGGCCGCCGGCGGGCCGCCGAAGAGGGCGUCUCCGAGCGCGCGGUGGAGGGCCUCGAAGUCGGCGAAGGCGAGCCCGGCGCGGCCGGGGGCGACGUAGGCCUCGACGGUGGAUCGGAUCUCGGCGGGGUCGGAGCCGAGGCCGAGGCGGUCGAGGGCGAGCUCGAUCUCCUCCACCGUGAUCUCGCCGUCGCCGUUGUAGUCGAAGAGGUCGAAGACGCGGCGGAGGCGGAGCGUGUUGAGGCUCUCGGUGCGGAGGCGGAACGACGGCGAAGCCCGGCCGGGGGACGCCGCCGGAUCGGUCAACUGCUGCUGGUCGGCGGCACCUUCCA